AUGAGUCUUGUGUUGAGUGACAUACCGGAAGAGGAAUUAAAAAAGUUUCGCUUCAUACUAAAACUUUGGAUCGUUACAAACGACCCGUCGAUUGAGUAUUUAAGAUGGAAUCGCGAUCAAACCGUUCUGAUCGCCAACAUAUUGUCGCUAAUGCAUAUGUUCCGCACGCACACAAGCAACAUCUUCAUGUGCGAAUCGCCCGAGAAAUUUAUCUGGCUGAUGUACAAACACGGCUUCGAUAGAUGUAUUCCGCUAGCGUUGGAGGAGUCAGAGCGUAAUGAAAUCACACCGGAAUGUAUGCUCUUUGUGCAUCCGCAGUUUAUUGGUAGCAAUGCCAAAAUGUUCGACGCAUGGCUAUCGCAUCCCGCGGUGAGAGUGCAAGAUGAAAAUGGACAAAAAGGAAGGUGCACGUUGCCAUCCAGCGUGCAAUUUAUGGUUAGAGAAAACAUUGCGGAAUUUACCGACCUUAGGUUGCAAGUAAUGUUUACGAUGAUAAACUUGCAAUCGAAAUUAUGGGAACCAAUGCGCGGACAGGAAAGUGCCUCCAUAGAAAUACCCCAAGAGUUUGUAGACUACCCAGUGAUGGAGAUGCCCGAUUAUUUUAAAACGCAAGAAAUCGGCGGUAACUAUGGUCCGGUGUCUGUAGACGAAUUGAAGCAAUGUCUUGGCAACCUACUACCCAGGUUUCGCACUGACGAAUCUGAAAAUGCUACUGAUGUAAUGGAGGAAGUGGAAGUGGAAGAACUCGCAGUGAACGAGAUAUCGCAGGCUGAUGACGCUGUUUACGUUGUACUAGAACCUGGUGCAAUGGAAAAUGAGACACCCGUAAACCAACAGUUUAACGAUUUGCGCGAGCUGUAUGAGAGCCUCGAUAUAUGGACAGAUGCUGAAGGUAAUCUUCUUGAAUAUCAGGCGAACUACAAGAUAGAUGACGAAACAACGCAAGUGGUCAAUAAUGACAGUCUGAAAGAGGAAGCUGCUGCGGAAUCAUCCCAUCCAGUUUUACCAACCCAGCCGGCAGAGGCAGAUGUCUCAGAAACGAAGGAAAAUAUGGCUGCCUAUCUGACGAAAAGCAUGCAGGCUUGCCUUCCAGCAAUUGAUUUCGAUUAG